AAAUAGCUCUAGAGGCCAGCAAGGGGAUGAGGUGGGGACCACACCUAAAGGGCGGCCCCCGGGCUCCACGUCCAGCUAGCUAAGGCCAGGGAGAGGGAACGGCUGCCGGGGAAACCCAGCCUUCGGGAGGGGAAAGGCGAAACAGACCGGAACUCACACAAAGACGCACGAACAAAAGGGCAAAGUGGAGACAGAGGCAGCGUGGAGAAUAAACAGACACACCAGGGCCCAGCAUCAGGCAGGAGGGGCACGGCGAGGUGGCGAUGGGGAAGGCCGCUGGAAACUUGCUCUACUUUAAACUUUUCGGGAGUCCAGCCCAGAACUGCGUCCCUGGGGACUUCCCCAGCUCGUGACCCCCGACCCCGCCGCGGCGAGCUGCACGUGGCCAGAUAUGAUGGCCACAUCUUCCCAUCUCAGGGUACCAAGAACAAAGCUGAGGAGGAAGAGGAGGACAAAAGUACCUCUGGCCCUUUAAGGUCGGCCUCCUGUCCCAUUCCCGCGGACCCCUUCCUUGGACGUCUAGCACAACUUCCGACCUUCUCUCAGGCUCCACCCCACGUCAAUCAAAGCCUGGAAACGCCUAGGGUUCGAGGCCUGGCUGCUAAGCAACGGCAGAAGGCGGGAAGUUUAAAUGUUAUGGCACCGCCCCCGGGACCGAAAGGACCAAUCAGCGCACCGCCUCUCUGAGCAAGCGGCCCCCGCCUCCCUCUUGCUUCGUCAGAGCUCCAGGCAGGAUCCCGGGUCCUCCGACGCGCGAGGCUCGGAGGGCGGAGCCUGCGCGCGCAUACCCCUGCGUCUCGCGCCGGCCACCCCUCUCGCAGACGCGCUGUAAUUGGCGCCGCCAGCACAUGGCCUCCCGCGCAGCGGCCCCGGGCGCGACGCCACAGGGACCGGGACAGUGGGCGGCCCCAGCCGGCUUCCCCAGCCUGGGCCCGGAGGAAGCCGACGAGGAGCAGGAGGAGGAGGAGGAGGAGCCCGUCGAGAUCCACCUGUGUGUGCUGUGGAAUUCAGCACACCUGGGCAUUGCCUACUAUGACACCAGCGACUCAACCGUCUACUUCAUGCCCGAUGCGCCAGACCACGAGAGCCUCAAGCUUCUCCAGAGAGUUCUGGAUGAAGUUAAUCCCCGGACUGUUGUUACGAGUGCCAAACAGGAUGAGAAUAUGGCUCAUUUUCUAGGGAGGCUUGCCUCUCAAGAACACAGAGAGCCAAGGAAACCUGAAAUCAUAUUGCUACCAAGUGUGGAUUUUGGUCUGGAGAUAAGCAAACAGCGCCUCCUUUCUGGAAACUACGCCUUCAUCCCAGAGUCUAUGACAGCCACUGAGAAGAUCCUCUUCCUCUCCUCCAUUAUUCCCUUCGACUGCCUCCUCACAGUUCGGGCACUUGGAGGACUGCUCAAGUUCCUAGGUCGACGAAGAAUUGGGGUUGAACUGGAAGACUCUAACGUCAGUGUCCCUAUCUUGGGCUUUAAGAAAUUUGCAUUAACCCAUCUUGUGAGCAUAGAUCAAGACACCUACAGUGUUCUACAGAUUUUCAAGAGCGAGUCUCAUCCCUCAGUGUACAAAGUGGCCAGUGGACUGAAGGAGGGGCUCAGCCUCUUUGGAAUCCUCAACAGAUGCCGCUGUAAGUGGGGAGAGAAACUGCUGAGGCUGUGGUUUACGCGUCCCACGCAGGACCUGGGGGAGCUCAAUGCCCGCCUGGACGUCAUUCAGUUUUUUCUGCUGCCCCAGAAUCUGGACACAGCUCAGAUGCUGCAUCGGCUCCUGAGUCACAUCAAGAAUGUGCCCCUGAUUCUGAAACGCAUGAAGUUGUCCCACACCAAGGUCAGCGACUGGCAGGUUCUCUACAAGACCGUGUACAGUGCGCUGGGCCUGAGAGACGCCUGCCGCUCCCUGCCACAGUCCAUCCAGCUCUUCCGGGACAUUGCCUGGGAGUUCUCCGACGACCUGCACCACAUCGCCUGCCUCAUUGGGAAGGUGGUGGACUUUGAGGGCAGCCUUGCUGAGAACCGCUUCACCGUGCUCCCCAACAUUGAUGCGGAAAUUGAUGAGAAGAAACGGCGGCUUGCGGGGCUCCCCAGCUUCCUCACUGAAGUUGCUCGCACGGAGCUAGAGAACCUGGACUCGCGCAUCCCUUCGUGCAGCGUCCUCUACAUCCCUCUGAUCGGCUUCCUUCUUUCUGUUCCGCGCCUGCCUUUUAUGGUGGAGGCCAGCGACUUCGAGAUCGAGGGGCUGGACUUCAUGUUUCUCUCAGAGGAAAAGCUGCAUUACCGAAGUGCUCGGACCAAGGAGCUGGAUGCGCUGCUGGGGGACCUGCACUGUGAGAUCCGGGGUGAGCGCGGCCCUCACAGGCGCCCCUUGCCGCUCCGCUCUCCCUCUGGUUCCCCGCCUUCCCCUCUGCAGUCCCUGGCCCCAUCUGCUGCCGCCGUCACUCUGGGGGCUCUGACUCCGCUCGGCCUCCCACCCCCAGACCAGGAGACCCUGCUGAUGCACCAGCUGCAGUGCCAGGUGCUGGCGCGGGCCGCCGGCCUGAGCCGGGUGCUGGACCUGGCCUCCCGCCUGGACGUCCUGCUGGCUCUCGCCAGCGCUGCCCGGGACUAUGGCUACUGCAGGCCCCGUUACUGCCCUGGACUCUGUGGGGUUCGAAUCCAGAAUGGCAGACACCCUCUGAUGGAGCUGUGCGCCCGCACCUUCGUGCCCAACUCCGCAGAAUGCGGCGGGGACAAAGGGAAAGUGAAGGUCAUCACCGGCCCCAACUCCUCCGGGAAGAGCAUCUACCUCAAGCAGGUGGGCCUGAUCACCUUCAUGGCCCUGGUGGGCAGCUUCGUGCCCGCGGAGCAGGCCGACGUGGGCGCGGUGGACGCCAUCUUCACCCGGAUCCACAGCUGCGAGUCCGUCUCUCUCGGCCUCUCCACCUUCAUGCUGGAUCUCAACCAGGUGGCGAAAGCAGUGAGCAGCGCCACAGAGCAGUCCCUGGUCCUCAUUGACGAGUUUGGCAAGGGCACCAACACGGUGGACGGCAUCGCCCUCCUCGCCGCUGUGAUCCGACACUGGCUGGCGCGCGGGCCCGCAUGCCCCCACGUCUUCGUGGCCACCAACUUCCUCAGCCUGGUGCAGCUGCAGCUGCUGCCGCAGGCGCCUCUGGUGCAGUACCUGACGAUGGAAACCUGUGAGGACGGGGAUGACCUGGUCUUCUUCUAUCAGGUUUGCGAAGGGGUGGCCAGCGCCAGCCACGCCUCCCACACGGCGACCCAAGCGGGGCUUCCGGACAGACUCGUAGCUCGUGCCAAAGAGGUUUCAGACUUAAUUCACAGCGGAAAACCCAUCCAACCUGUCCAGGAGCUGCGCAAGGAGAACCAAAUGGCAAAGUGCCAGGCGCUGGUGGAUAAGUUUCUGGAGCUGGACUUGGAUGACCCCAGCCUGGACGUGGGUGCCUUCAUGAGCCAGGAAGUGCUGCCCGCUGCCGCCACCGUCCUCUGAGACCAGCCUCUGC